GUUCCAACAUUUUCACUUCAAUGUGGAAAAGGACUUAUUUUAGGUGAUAAUUUCCAAGCGAGUUGAGUUUGUAAGGAUUACACACCAGUCGAUUCCUGGCCUUUGAACCCGUUUCCAAGUUGUAUCACCGCUGUCGGUAAAACCGAUCCUCUGCAGACCCUCUGUGGCCCGCCUGGUCCGCUCCUCGCCCGUUGCAGUGAUGGGUCGCUCUUGGACCUCAAGCUCAUUAUUCAGAGCCAUCGUUUUCCUACUCAGUGUCGUCUCAGCGUUGGCCAAGAGACACGCUGUCUACUGGAACUCCACUAACGCCAGGUUAACAGAAGGCGAUCUGUCCAUCCAGGUGAAUCUGAAUGACUACCUGGACAUCUUCUGUCCCCACUACCCCAGCCAGGAGGGUGGCGCUGCAGGCCAGCCCCAGGUGCUGGCGCUGUACCUGGUGGCGGAGGCAGGCUUCCAGGGCUGCGUGGAGACGAAGGGAGCCAUCAAACGCUGGGAGUGCAACUCCCCCCACGCCCCCUUCGGACCGCUGCGCUUCUCAGAGAAGGUCCAACGCUUCACCCCCUUCUCCCUCGGCUUCGAGUUUCUGCCGGGGCACCACUACUACUACAGCUCUCUGCCGACAGAUGAAGGCCCCCCCCUCCCCUGUAUGAAGCUGCGUGUCAGUGUGUGCUGUGAGCCCACAACAGAGGGCUCCAAGCAAGAGCAAGGUACCCCAGCCUCUCGCAGCCGAGUGGGCUCUCUGAGGCCAGCUCCUCUCUUCCUCCUCCUCCCCCUCUUCCUCUUGCUGUCUGUUCUAAGGGGCCUCUGUUCUGAGGGGCCUCUGUUCUGCGCUGACCUCAUUACUGUCUCUCGUGUUUCCUACACGUAGCACUGCUUCAGAACCUGUCGCCUCACAUCUCCUAGCAGGCUGAGGUCCAUCCCUCACACACACACACACACACACACACCAGCCUGCUGAGGUCCACACACACACACACCAGCCUGCUGAGGUC